AUGGCGUCAAUCAUCUCCAAAAAGCAGAAGAAGAAAGAAAACUACACCUUGAAAGAGCUGAAAUCACUAGGCUGCGACUUACUCUCUUCCCGAGCUCACAUCAACAACCUCCCUCUCCUUCUCUCCUUCAUCUCGCCCCAAUCUCCUCCGCAGUUCGUAGUCGAAGCCCUCCUCUCCCUCCAAUCCUUCUUCACUCCCCUCCUCUCUCAGCUCCCCUCGUCUUCUUCUUCUUCUUCUUCUUCUUCACACCCUUCUUCUGCUAAACGCCCUCGUUCCGAAGAAGAAGAAGACAACGAUGAUACGAAAAAGACAGCUGAAGUCGAUGAGGACCCUGAAGUUGUCUUUAAAGCGUGGCUAAGAUCGAAUUUUGACGAGUUUGUGAAGCUUCUACUCGAUGUUCUUGACUCCGACCAGUCGGAAGAUACUUUAAGGGAUAUUGUUUUGGGGACGUUGAUGGAGUUUGUGAAGCUUUUGAAUGCUGGAAGGUUUCACUCUUCCAUAUACAAUAGGAUACUUAAUGCUAUUAUUCAUUCUGCAGUUGAGACUGAUGUAUUCUUGGAUAUACUUAACUCAAAGUACUUCAAGUUCAUUGAUGUCCGCUAUUUUACAUACAUCAGCAUGGAAAAGUUUGUUAAAACUCUGGAAGCCUCAGCUGUUUCUGCUGACAAAACGGUGAUGGAAAAUAGUGAGACUGAGAAUGAAUCGAAAGACAGCAUGGAACUCUCUAUUCGCAAGAUCUAUCAAGUUUUAUCUCGAAUUCCACCACCUCAAAAACAAGCUGAAAAGUCUGACCAUGAGAUGUGGAGUGGUUCAGAUGAAAGUAGUAGUGAGAAACCGAAAGAGAAGAAGAAAAAGAAUAAAGAUCAAGACAGCAACCUUCUUUCUCCCACUACAAUUGCCAAGAGGAUGAAGCUGAAGUUCACUAAAGCCUGGAUCUCAUUUCUCAGACUGCCACUUCCCCUUGACGUUUACAAGGAGGUUCUUGCUAGUAUUCACCAGACAGUCAUUCCCCAUCUCUCUAAUCCUGCAAUGUUAUGCGACUUCCUAACAAAAUCAUAUGAUAUCGGAGGAGUUGUCAGUGUGAUGGCUCUAAGCAGCCUCUUCAUCCUCAUGACCGAGCAUGGUUUAGAAUAUCCCAACUUUUAUGAAAAGCUCUAUGCUUUGCUGGUUCCUUCCGUCUUUGUGGCUAAGCACCGAGCAAGAUUUCUUCAGCUUCUUGAUGCUUGCCUUAGGUCAUCCUUGCUUCCAGCAUAUCUGGCAGCUUCAUUCACAAAGAAACUAAGUAGACUGUCACUUUCUGUUCCUCCCUCUGGAUCGUUGGUCAUAACGGCUUUGAUCUACAACCUGUUGCGAAGACAUCCUACAAUCAACCACCUUGUUCAUCAGGAACCUGUAGAGAACGCCAAUGAAGCCAAUUUAGAGGAUGACGAAGACAAUGAGAGCAGGCCAAAGACCAACAAAAAGCUUGGUAUCGACUAUUUCAACAGCCAGGAGACGGAUCUCAAGAAAACUGGUGCCAUGAGGAGUUCCCUUUGGGAGAUUGACACAUUGCGCCACCAUUACUGCCCACCUGUUUCAAGGUUUGUUUCAUCGCUGGAAACUGAUCUAACUAUCAGAGCGAAAACCACUGAAAUGAAAAUAGAAGAUUUCAGCUCUGGUUCAUAUGCCACCAUCUUCGGGGAUGAGAUUCGAAGAAGGGUAAAACAAGUUCCAUUAGCCUUCUACAAAGCGGUUCCAACAUCUCUGUUUGAGGAUUCAGACUUUCCAGGGUGGACAUUCACCAUUCCUCAAGAGGAGGGCAAAUGCUGAGUGAUUUCAAAAGAGUAGCUAACUCAUAAAGUAAAAACACUGCAGGUAUUGGAAGAUUUGUGAUACCAAGUUUUGUACUUUUGAUCGUUCAGAUAUAGUUUUUGUUUUUUGAUACUGAAUGUGUCGUUAGACGUACACCCACACUAUAUCACACCAUACAUUCGUUGUCUGGUCUAUUUGAAGAAAUUUGUUUUUGCGAGA